AUGGCCGGCAAAUCCGAUCCACCACCGAAAUACGAUACAUUCGUAUCCAGCUCCAUCGAAUCUGAUGAUGAGCGUACCACUUUUUCCGAGCGAGAAAACCCAUUUCAAGAUCCAGAAGUUGCUGAGCACUGGCGGCUUACAUAUGAAAAGUCGCAGUAUGAAUGUCGUCAUGUAUUUGAUCCGUCGUUGACGUGGUCGGAGGAAGAGGAGAAGCGGUUGAUUCGGAAGCUGGAUUGGAGGAUUUGUCUUUGGGCGUGUGUCAUGUUCUUCGGUCUACAAGUUGAUCGGAGCAACCUCACGCAAGCGGUCUCUGGUACAUUUCUCAAGGAUCUGGGAUUGAAUACCAAUGACUAUAACUGGGGCAAUAUAACCUUUAGAGUCAGCUUCCUCUGCGCCGAACUCCCAUCCCAACUCAUCUCCAAAAAGAUUGGUCCAGACCGCUGGAUUCCGAUUCAGAUUACUUUGUGGUCUGUUGUUGCUAUUUCGCAGUGUGCCAUACAUAGUCGAGAGACGUUUCUUCUGACGAGGGAAUUGCUUGGGCUUCUCGAGGGAGGGUUCAUUCCGGAUAUAGUUCUCUGGUUAUCGUAUUUUUAUACGUCAAAGGAGCUGCCAGUUCGUCUUAGCUUCUUCUGGGCCACCCUCUCCGUCACUGGAAUCGUCACCUCCCUCCUCGCCUUCGCCAUUUUCCACCUCGACGGCGUGCAUAACUGGGCCGGCUGGCGCUGGCUCUUUCUCAUUGAGGGCGUAAUCACCCUCUCCGUCGGUCUUGGUUCAUUCUUCAUGAUGCCCGCCUCCGCCGUACAAACCAAGACCUGGUUCCGCUCAAACGGGUGGUUCAACGACCGCGAAGUCUCCAUCGUCGUAAAUCGCGUUUUACGCGAUGAUCCCUCAAAGGGUGACAUGCACAAUCGUCAAGCUAUUACGCCUACACGACUCUGGAACGCGAUUACAGAUUACCACCUCUGGCCGAUUUAUAUCAUUGGGUUCUUGGCGUAUAUCCCUCAAUCACCACCGGGUUCAUACCUGACUUUGACGCUCAGGUCGGUUGGGUUUAGUACGUUUACGACUAAUCUGCUGGUGAUUCCGUCGAGUGUGUUUCAUAUUUUGACGUUGCUGUUGCUUACGAGGCUCUCGGAGUGGAUUAACGAGAGGUCGUUGGUGGCUAUGUUGCAACCUCUGUGGACUUUGCCGUGUAUUAUUGCGUUGAGGUUUUGGCCGGGCGUUAUUGAGGAUGCGUGGGGGACGUAUGCUUUGGUCACUGUGCUGUUAAGUUAUCCGUAUUGUCAUGCAAUCGUCGUAGGCUGGAUAUCUCGCAACUCAAACAACGUCGGCACUCGCUCCGUCUCAGCUGCUCUAUACAAUAUGUCCGUCCAAGCAGGCGACGUAGCAGCCUUCUUCGUCUACCGCGAAGACGACAAACCCAAAUACCACCGCGGAAACACUAAUCUCCUAAUCAUCAACUUGAUCGUGAUUCUGGUCUUUAUUUCGACAAAGAUAUACUAUGUAUAUGUGAAUCAGCGUAGAGACAGGAUUUGGAUGGGAAUGUCGGAAGAGGAGAGGAUGAGGUAUAUCAGGGAUACGAAGUUGCAGGGGAGUAAGAGGCUGGAUUUUAGGUUCGCUCAUUGA